UUCUACGAAUAUGAAUCCGAUCAGAAACGAGAGUGAGGCGGGCUUGAAGGGAGCCAUCUGGGGAUCGCUCGAUUUGGGUGCGAUUCGGUGCGUUCAAUCGAAGCAAGAUGGUGGGGAUAAGCGGGGCAGGCGUUGCGGCGGGAAGAGGGGCAGGGUCGUGGCGGCUCGCCGACGAGAUGCACCCUCCCGGCGGAGGUUGCCGCCCGGUGGCGGCGGAGUACAUGAGGAGGUUCCACUGCCACGAGCCGGAGGAGAACCAGUGCAGCUCCGCCAUCCUCAAGCACAUCAAAGCCCCCGUCCAUCUCGUGUGGUCUCUUGUUAGGAGAUUUGAUGAGCCACAGAAGUACAAGCCUUUUGUGAGCAGGUGCAUCGCACAAGGGGAUCUCGGAAUCGGGAGCUUGAGGGAGGUUAAUGUGAAAUCUGGACUCCCUGCCACCACCAGCACUGAAAGGUUGGAGCAUCUCGACGACAGUGAACACAUCCUCAGCUUUAAGAUUGUUGGAGGGGACCAUAGGCUCAAGAACUAUUCAUCCAUUGUAAGUGCCCAUCCUGAAAUCAUUGAUGGGAGACCAGGGACGCUGGUGAUCGAAUCAUUUGUAGUGGAUGUGCCUGAUGGGAACACCAAGGACGAGACUUGCUACUUUGUGGAGGUCUUGAUCAAAUGCAACCUCAAAUCCCUGGCUGAAAUAUCUGAGCAUCUGCCACUUCAGGACCACACAGAGCCAAUUUGUCUGGACAGAGGUGGAGACACGGGUGGGGUUACAAGUGAUGUUUCAGGGCCUUCAGUUCAUUAAAGCUUUGCCAUAGUCUGGUUGUUCUUAUUUGCUCCCUAUAUCAUUGGUAAUCUUGACAAUCACCACUGGGCAUGCUGCAUGUGAAUAGUGAUGCCUGCUUAAGUGUUUCUAUGGUUUUACUGGUGAUGGCAAGACUGCAGUCGCUACAUUAAAGGAGAAAUAUGGGUUGUAGGAUUGUCACAUGUAUGACGCCUCUUAAAUGACUUGAGUGCUAUUCGAGCAUUGUAAAUAUUUGACCAUCUUUAUUCCUAUUUCAUCUAUUUUAUCUAUUUUACUCAGAGGUA